AUUCAGUCGCAAUCGUACUUUGCCGGCAUUCGUCACGCUCAUUUAUUGGGUCCCUUCCUUAACGUCGGUGAAACCAAAGUUUGCUUUGGAUUUAUCAGUAGCUAAUUACCACGAGGUGUGAAAUGUGUUAAAUUAAGUAAACAGAGCAUAGAUAGUAAUGGUGCGUGAGUGCACAGAGAAAAACCAAGCCAAGGUGAUGGAAAUGUUGUCCAAAAUUGGUUGUCCUAGAUCUUGAGGGGCUCAAAGUUGUCAAAAUGUUUUAGGAUUGACUACCCCUUCAAUUCGAAAUUUAAUGCCCUGAAUCAUACUUCAGCUGAUAUCAGCGACAUUCCUAUGUUUGAAGUUUAACGCAUUUUUGUAAUUCGAUUUUGUGUUUUCUAUUGAGCCUUGGAAACGAACGGCUUUGACUACGCCUAUCUCUCGGUUUCCGAUAAGUGGCGACUAUCAGCAGGCAGAUUAAGAGCUGCUUUUAUCAGCCCAUUUGGGAGUCCAGUCGAAAUGGGCAGUUGGGCGACAGCAGACCGGAUUCCCGAUCUGAUUCCGGUCAACCAAAGCCUCGAGGAGCGCCUUGGAUUGGUCGGAGGAGGAGGAGGACUGGACUUCGACUGGGCAUGGAGUCAAGCUCUGGUCCAGAGUUGGGAGUCUCUGCUGCUGAUCCUGUCCACCUUUUGGUGCAUCCUGCUGGCCCGAGUGGUGACCCACAAGUGGCGUCUCCAUGGCUCCCCCAAUCUCUGCUUUGCGGUGGAGUUCGUCCUGGUCAUCCUGCCCUGCAUUUUGCUCGUCACAGUGGCUGUGGAUUAUAGCUACCACAUAGGAUUGCUGAUGUUCGUGGCGACCUUGUGGUUCCUGCGUUGGAGCAAGGCUCUGGAACGGGCUCGCACUCGCAGCCAGUUUGAUCUGGGUGGCAGUCGACCCAUGGCCUUCUCCGUUCUACGAGCUCUGACCCACCUGAUCACCGCCAUCUGCAUUCUGGCCAUCGAUUUCGGCAGUUUCUACAGACCCUACCGCAAAAGCCGGCAGUUUGGGGCCAAGCUGAUGGACACCGGCAUCGGACUGUUUGUGUUCACCAUGGCCAUGGUGUCCAAGAGGACGCGGCACUUGUCCCAUCUCCGCCGCAGUGUGCUCUACUCCGCCCUGCCGCUCAUCCUCUUGGGAUUGGCCCGCACCGUGGCCAUUUUGAUGCUGAGCUAUGGCCAGGAUGCCCACGAAUAUGGAGAGCACUUGAAUGCGUUCUUCAUCCUGGGAUUAACCAAGUUCCUAGGAGCUCUGGUCAGCAUGCUGGCUGGAAAGGAUGUUCACCUGCUGCCCAUGGGAUUCGGUCUUUUGAUCAUCCACCAGUUUGGAUUGAGUGGCCUGGGCAUCUCCGACUAUGUGAUGGAUGAGGAUGUGGAACGGACCAACUUAUUCAAUGCGAAUCGCGAGGGUCUCGUCUCCUUGCCAGGAUUCGUGGCAUUGUACCUGCUGUCCAUAUAUGUGAAUCGCUGGAUGGUGGCCACCAGUCUGCUGAGCUACUCCGAAUUGGUCAGGAAGCUGCGGCGACUACUCUACGUGGUGCUAAUCCUGUGGAGCUUGUUCGUCAUGAGUGCCUACGCAAUUGGGAUCUCCCGAGUGACCUGCAAUUUUGGUUAUGUCAUUUGGGUGCUGGCCAUUGGUAGCACCACUUUGUGGGCCAGCUUUGGAGCCAUUGACUUUGUGCUCAACAGUGUGAUGCCCUGGGAAACGAACCAUUUGGAGGAGCAGGAAAUGGGUUUACUCACAGAAAAUACUGCUGUCAAGGGAAGAGAAAGGUCCAUUGUUCCAUUUACCAUAAAUCAGGCCUUGAACCAAAAUGGGUUGACCUUCUUCCUGGUGGCCAAUGUAUUAACUGGUGGGGUAAACAUUUUCCUAAAGCCAGAAGAUCGCUCCAGUUUUGAAUCGGUGCUCAUCCUACUGGUCUACAUGUUCAUAGCCACCAAAAUGGCCCACGAAUUGCUGAAAAGAGGCAUUAGAAUAGCUUAAUAUACACUUCUUGUGCUCUGUGAUUUCAUUGAAUUUAACUUAGUUAUACUAGUUAUAAUAUUUAUACCAUUGUACCAAAGAGAAUUAUAAUUGUCCAUGCUUUAUCAUCUUUACGAUUUUAAUCUAUCUUAUUUGUCUGAUAAGCAUGACAUUUCUUUAAUCGAUUAGCCGUCGUAUCGGACAAUUGUACUACUUUCUGAUUAAACCCUUCAUAUCAGUGAACAAUUGACUUUAAUUACAAUCUUAAAUUUAUAGGGCAUUAAAUUCUCGGGCAUUGCCUUUAUGAAUUUACUAUGAUAAUAUGAAAAAAAGUAGUUUAAGGCCUUUAUAAAUUAUUUACGUUGAACAUAAACAAACCCAAAAUAAGAAAGCUAACUUUGCCAAAGCUUACAUUUCCUUGCUGUUAAUUUUUAUUAUUUCACCAGCUCCUAUGUAUAAAAUUGUAUUAUACUCUACUUAUUUA